CGGCCCCGGGAAUUUGCAGGUUGUGGGCUUUUCUAUUCACUUAGGGAAAACAUUUACCAUGAUUAUUGUUUGAAAAGCAGUGCCGUAUAUAAAAGUUGAUGAACGAUCAUCGAUCGGAGGCAGUUUGUGUUUGGGGUUUUUGGCAUCUCGAUCGAUCUGGGUCCGGCAGUGACUUUGCAUACGAAAGUGUCGAAAAUGGCUUUCCUAAUUAUGGGGCUGAUAAUGAGUGCUCUGCUUGUGAGCGCAUUCGGCGCUAUCCAUGAACCAUCCCGGAAGAUCUGUGGACACCGCUACAGUGUGACUUGCUUGAAACUGGACAUCGUGUCGUUUUUGGAACGGAUAUCUGACCAGCCACAAUACAAUCUGAUACCCGGAGUGAGUGUUGUGCGGGAUGCGAAUGUUAAUGUUACCAAAUCGGCAGAAAUCAUAGCGGAAGUGUCGAGGAUUUUUCCAACGGAUCCCAAUAAGCGAUUGGAUGAGUUUUUAAUUCUUAAGUUGAACAACUACUUGAGAAGUCAUUCGCUGAAGCUGAAGUUGAUGGAUAGUGAAGCGAUGGAGAAGGCGCGUGAACUUUUCGUGGGUCGCAAAGGAAAGUUGGGAAAGAAGGGCGGAUUGGAGGCAAUGCUGGCCGCAGCAAUGAUGAUGAAAGGAACACUGGGUGCCCUCGCCCUCGGCGGACUGGCGCUGAUCGCCGGCAAAGCAUUGAUGACCGCGCUGCUGGCCAUGACCAUCGCAACGAUAGUCGGUCUCAAAUCGCUCACCUCCGGCGGAGGCCACAAAUCAACCACCUACGAGAUCGUAGCCAAACCGAUGUACUCGCACUCGCACACGGAACAGGAGGAGAUGGGCCACGGCGGUUGGGGACGGUCACAGGGGAUGGAUAUGCCGCAGUAUUCCGCCCCGCAACGAGCUUGAGUAGCCGACCGUUAGGUGGCCGUUCGAGAUAGUGAAAGCUUUUUUUAUGCGCUUCUGUUGCUUUGUGUCGACUUUCGCCCUUUUGUUUUUGCUUUGUUUCAACCGUAAAUGGGAGAGCUUUUAGUUGCAUUUUGUAUGUAAUUUUCCUAUCUACGUGUUAUUCUUCGCAGCUGAAAUGAUCUGAACUGAUUAUAAAAAUACCUACUGUUAAUUGCUAUUUAUUUAUUUAUUUAUUUUUGUUCCUUAGGGUACUAAGCGAAAAUAUAUAGAUUUAAUAUUAAUUAAGUGAACAAUAAGAAAGUCGGGUUUCUCACUAUACGCGAAGGAGAUACGAACUUGACCAAGUCAACCCUCUGCUAUCUUUGCCUCUUUUACGCAGAAUGUUAAAUGAUUGAUUUCCAUAACAUUCAUGGAAUUGGUUCAACAAAAACAUAUACAGCACGUCAAAGAAUAGCACUCAUAUUUUUCUUCCAAAGAAAAAGCUCAUAUAAAACAUUGUAUAAUUGUUUAGAAUAUAAAAUACCAUAUCAAGUUUUUCCUCCAUCGACAAUCUUAUUACCAUUUGCUAAACAAAACUCUUAGUUGAGUUGAUAACACAUGUCAAAAAAUUAUCACUUUGUGGAAAGUGGCUGUGAAUGUGUCUAUAAAUGAACUGUCAAAAAAGAGGCCUUUCCAAAUGAGAAACGUUUUUCAAAGCUCUGUCUGUAGGUGACCCGAUCUUAUACCAAGUUGAAGCGAAACAGUUUCAUGUUGGUGUUGCAUCAUGUAAAAUUAGAAUAAUUAAUUUAUUAUUAUGUUUAUUGAUCGACUUUAUUUUAUUAAAUAAUACAUAUAAUAUAUGACUGCGGGUUAUUCAAUUCGAAAUAAACAAUUUAA